UGAGCCACCAUGCCUGAUCAAAAAUGAUUAAGGAUUUUAAGGCAGCCCCCACAGAGCAUUAAACAAGUCCCUAAAGCUGGCCCCGCCCCGGAAGGCUCCAGGCCCAUCUGUUUUGGGGAUGCACAGGUUCCAGGGGCCCAAACCCACCCUUCACCACUCUCUUCCUCUCCCAGCACCGCAGGGGCCCUCCUGGCCCCUGGGACGGCCUAUGGAGCAGGCUCUCUGUCCAGGAUGGAGAUGGGGACCCUCCUUACUGCCCUGCGCCACUCAUGGGCUGGACACACCCACCACCCAGGAAGGAAGAUGUAAAGGGCUAGGCACCGCCCUUGUGGAACCAGAGGCUUGGCGGCCCUAGAUGGUUCUGGCUGAACCUGCCUUUGGAGGGCUGAGAUGAGCCGGCUGGCCGCAGUUAUUCAGCUGACACCCCCUCCCUGCAGGGCCUGGGGUAAGGAGCCUCCCAGACUGCACACCUAGCCCCUACCGCACUUCCAUCGUCUCCAGACACGCACAGCAAGGGUGCCCAGGCCAGAAACAGGAAGGAGCAGCUCUUCGUCCUCCAGUUCCCAGGAACCAUCUCAGUCGACCCCCAACACCCCUCCCCGGAGCCUCACCUACAGGAGGACGGACACCUCGGACCCUCCCCCGCACCCAGUGCUGCAGGGAGCAACCUCAGCCCUGGGCCUGGGAUGAGUACCCUCGCCAGCCUGGGAUCAGCAGACAGGCUCUCCCUGGCUCAGCACCUCAGUGUCCACUCAGGACACUCACCUGCAGAGGUGCCCUGAGCGCCGUUGUGGGUUAAGGGACUUUCUCCCUUCUGGAAACAGUCCCUGAGAAGCUGAAGGUCUUGGGAGCCUCUCACCAAAUGUCUUUGGGAGGUGGGAAGACAUCAAAUGCGGGUGUGGCUUCCCUGGAACAGCUGUGUGUGGGGACUCAGGAGCCAAGUCCCCCAGCGCACGCCUCUAACACCUUCAGGUGGGGCCACCUCUCUGGAGCCACAGGUGGCUGCCAACACCCUGUGCUUCCCAGCAGGCACCACCCAGGCAAGAGAGAGAACAGGCUGGGGAACAAUGGGCUGGCCUGGCCCCAAGUGCUGGGCAGAUCACAGACCAGAUGGCCUGAGCUCAUGCCCUGGGGCCAGCUCUGACUCCCUGCAAGUGUGGCAAGAGUCCCUUUUGGACACCUUGAGAAGCUUCAGCUGGGAGAGGACCACCCGCCUGUCUGGACAUCCAGCCCAGGUGGCAGGGCCCAAGUGACCAGUCCCAGGCCACAGCCCUUACCGCCCACCCUGGCUGCAGGGGCUCCCAGAAGCCACCAAGGGCCUGGCUUAGCCUUGCCUGUCCACAUCUGAGCUUCAGUUUCCUCAUCUGCUCAAGAAGGGGAGGGAAACACUGAUUAGAUUAUGCAAACUCUGAGUGGCAGGAUUAGGUGUGACUGGGAGAGCCAAGGCUCCCCAGUGUGGUGGCAUCUCUGGAGCCCGGGGAUGGGCCCUGUCUCCCUUCUGGGCCCCCAGCUGGGCUUGGGUAUCUCCUCUCCCCUCCCUCCUUCCUCCCUCCGGAGGGGUCCCCUGCAGAGCUGCCUCGGCCCCAGGGCUCAGCCUGUGUCUGACCCAAACAGCUCCCGCAUCCCCUGGAGGAUGAGUUGGGAGCACCUCCUUCCUGCAGGAAGAUGAGGGCUAGAGAUGGAGGUCAAUGUCAGGGCCACAGAGGCUGGAAUCCUGCCUAGAGCUUAAACAGCCCUGCCUUACCCACCCUGUGCAUCCCAUCCUCUGCUGCAGCCCCGCCUGGCACACCCUGCACGCAGGGCGGGGCUGGGACCCGGGGUCUGAGCUUUGGCCUCUGGACAUCCAGCUCAUCGCCUGCCAAAGGCCCUACAGCUGGAGGCUCCAGCCUCCUCACCCUCCCACAGGGUCCCAGGGCCGACCCAUGCCUGCGGGCCAGGAAUGUGCUAACGGGGCAGGUUGGGCCUUGCUGGUCCACGCAGGCACCUGUGGACUUUGAGAGGGGACCCAGCGGGGAGGGGCGGGGAGGGGCGAGGAGGGGCGGGGCGGGGCGGUGCUGCAGAGUGCAGGGCGGGCGGGGCCAGGCUGGCGGGGAGUGAGCUUCUCUGGCCGACUCGCCUCAGAGCCACUGCACUGCUGGCUGCAGACACAGACUGCACCAUGAAGCCAGCCCUCCUGCCCUGGGCCCUGCUGCUGCUGGCGACAGCCCCCGGCCCAGGCCCUGGACCCACAGCAGGUAUGCCUCCCUGCCCUUCUGUGCCCCCAUCUGUCUGUCCAUCUGGCUGCAGCCAGGCCUGGGCAGACGCCCCUCUGGGCUCAGCCUCUGUCCAUCUGUCAGGCCAUCUGUGGCUGUGCUAGGGGUGGUGGGAAGAAAUUCUGAGGGUCCAUGUGGUGGGACAGCCCAUGGGGAUGGGAGAUCUGAGCCAGGCCCACCCUAAACCCACUGGGAGCUAGGAGGGAGGCGGGGGAGACCAGCAGAGGCCUCAGCCUGCAUCCCCAGCCCUGACAGGGCGGGACCGUGGAGGGGGAGCCAGGAUUGUGGGUCCUCAUCAGGGUGGGGCUGAAUCCGGGAAAGUCUAGGGGAAGCCCCAAACUCCAGAACCAGGACACUGGCCACAGGCCACUCCCCACCCCAUUUCCCAUUCACCCUCCUGCCACUUAUCUCACUUACAAGCAUCUCUCGGCCUCCUUCUCUAAUCCCUGUGCGCCACCACAGCCUUGGCCAGUACAUAUUUAUUGUUGCUCUUAAGUGCCAGGCACUGCACUUAGUAGAGUGGGGCCAGCGGGGUGGCUCAGGCCCAGGCCUGGCCCUCGACUGGCCUCUUUUGACGGGGGAUGGGGAAGGGCCAGGGACAUGCGAUUCCGGCCUGGGUGCAGGUACCCGCCCCAGUCCCUCCCUGCAACCCUUCCUUCAUGCCAGCCCCUGGAAAUACGGCCCUGCCGCAGGUCUCAUGGCCCAUAGGAGAUGCUUUGGGCCCGGCGCUCACAGCCCCUCACAGUGUGCACCCCCACUUCCCUUUCCCCACUGCUGGGACCCCUGCUUGAAAUGUCCCUCCUCUCCCCAAAAAGGAGGGGAGCAGCCCUGGCCUUCUGCCCUGAGGGCAGGGUUCUCUUUGGGGUCUCAAUUACAGUCCCUGGGAGAGCGAAAAGGGUCAAGUUCAGACCCUGCAUCAUUGCCUACCAGGCCUCGAAUGGGACUCUUGGCAGCCAUGUCCCCCACCCCAGUCCAGGCAAGCAAGAGGGGUUCUGCAGGCUUCAGGCCCCUCAGAAGUCACGCUGUCCACAGACACCGUGGGGAGCCAAGAGAGGUCGAGGGCUCCGGCUACCGUGGCCCUCUGAGGACCCCCACCUGUGGGAUAGAGGACUUGGUGGCUGAAGUAUAGUAAUGCCCAGGGACUUCUCCUGACCCUGCAGGGCUGAGCGGAUGCAGCCUUUUGCCUCUUCUCGCUGCAUUCUAGCCCAUCGGGGCAACAGCCAGAUGGUCUGUGCUAAGAUUCAUCCCAUCCCCAUGGGCCCUGUGCCUUCCUACCAUGUCCAUGUGGUGGCCAGUGCAGCUCCCGGCCAGCGUUCUCCUGGGAUGCUGCUGUCCAAUGGGCUGUGGGAGGAACAGAGACAGGCCUUGCAUGUGGGGCAGCCAGUCCAGCACCUGCCGGCCCAGGCCCUUAGCAUCCUCUCCUCCAGAUGCCCAAGACAGCUGCUCCAUGCGCUGUGGCGCCCUGGACGGUCCGUGUUCCUGCCACCCGACGUGCUCCGGCCUUGGCACCUGCUGCUUAGAUUUCCGGGACUUCUGCCUGGAGAUCUUGCCCUACUCAGGCUCCAUGAUGGGCGGCAAGGACUUUGUGGUGCGGCACUUCAAGAUGUCCAGCCCCACAGACACCAGUGUGAUCUGCAGGUUUAAGGAGAGCAUCCAGACCCUCGGCCAUGUGGACUCCUCCGGGCAAGUGCACUGUGUGUCACCCCUGCUCUAUGAGAGCGGCCGCGUCCCCUUCACCGUCUCACUGGACAACGGCCACUCCUUCCCUCGCGCGGGCACCUGGCUGGCUGUGCACCCCAACAAAGUGUCAAUGACGGAAAAGAGCGAGUUGGUGAACGAGACGCGUUGGCAAUACUAUGGCACCGCCGACACCUCAGGCAACCUCAGCCUGACCUGGCACGUCGAGGCGCUGCCCACGCAGACUGUCACCAUCGAGCUGUGGGGCUAUGAGGAGACAGGAAUGCCCUACUCACAGGAGUGGACUGCAAAGUGGUCGUACCUGUACCCCCUGGCCACACACAUCCCCAACUCCGGCUCUUUCACCUUCACCCCAAAACCUGCUCCUCCCAGCUACCAGAGAUGGCAAGUGGGUGCACUUCGGAUCAUCGACAGCAAAAAUUACGCGGGGCAGAAGGACGUGCAGGCGCUCUGGACCAAUGACCACGCGCUGGCCUGGCACCUGAGCGAUGACUUCCGAGAGGACCCUGUGGCCUGGGCACGCACUCAGUGCCAGGCCUGGGAGGAGCUGGAGGAUCAGCUGCCCAACUUCCUGGAGGAGCUGCCGGACUGUCCCUGCACCCUGACCCAGGCCUGGGCUGACUCCGGCCGCUUCUUCACGGACUACGGCUGUGACAUGGAGCAGGGCAGCGUGUGCACCUACCACCCCGGGGCCGUGCACUGUGUGCGCUCUGUGCAGGCCAGCCCUCGGUACGGCUCGGGUCAGCAGUGCUGCUACACAGCGGAUGGGACGCAGCUCCUGACGGCCGACUCCAGCAGUGGCAGCACUCCCGACCGUGGCCAUGACUGGGGCGCACCCCCAUUCCGCACGCCACCCCGAGUGCCCGGCAUGUCUCACUGGCUCUACGAUGUCCUCAGCUUCUAUUACUGCUGCCUCUGGGCACCCGACUGCCCCCGCUACAUGCAACGGCGGCCCUCCAAUGACUGCCGCAACUACCAGCCCCCGCGACUGGCCUCCGCCUUCGGAGACCCACACUUUGUGACCUUUGACGGCACCAACUUCACAUUCAAUGGGCGUGGAGAGUACGUGCUGCUGGAGGCAGUACUGACUGACCUGAGGGUGCAGGCGCGGGCCCAGCCCGGGAGGAUGUCCAACGGCACGCAGACCCGUGGCACGGGGCUGACCGCAGUAGCCGUCCAGGAAGACAACUCAGACGUGGUGGAGGUCAGGCUGGCCAGCGGGACCAGCGGUCUGGAGGUGCUGCUGAACCAGGAGGUGCUGAGCUUCGCCGAGCAGAGCUGGAUGGACCUGAAGGGAAUGUUCCUGUCAGUGGCUGCCAGGGACAGGGUCUCCAUCAUGCUGGCAUCAGGGGCCGGCCUGGAGGUCAGCGUGCAGGGCCCGUUCCUGAGUGUGUCCGUCCUGCUGCCUGAGAAGUUCCUCACCCACACCCACGGCCUCCUUGGGACACUGAACAACGACCCCACUGACGACUUCACCCUGCGCAGCGGGCGCGUCCUGCCCCCGGGCAGCAGUCCCCAGGAGCUGUUCCUGUUUGGGGCCGACUGGGCUGUGCACAACGCGUCCUCCCUGCUCACCUACGACUCCUGGUUCCUGGUCCACAACUUCCUGUACCAACCCAAGCACGACCCCACCUUCGAGCCCCUCUUCACCAGUGAGACCACCCUCAACCCCAGCCAGGCACAAGAGGCAGCCAAGCUAUGCGGCGACGAUCAUUUCUGCAACUUCGAUGUGGCGGCCACUGGGAGCCUGAGCACGGGCAAUGCCACUCGGGUGGCCCACCAGCUGCACCAGCGUCGCAUGCGGAGUCUGCAGCCAGUCGUGUCCUGUGGCUGGCUGGCCCCACCUCCCAAUGGACAAAAGGAGGGCAACAGGUACCUGGCGGGUUCCACCAUCUACUUCCACUGUGACAACGGCUACAGCCUGGCCGGGGCAGAGACCAGCACCUGCCAGGCUGAUGGCACCUGGUCCUCACCCACCCCGGAGUGCCAGCCAGGACGCAGCUACACGGUGCUGUUGGGCAUCAUCUUUGGGGGCCUCGCGGUGGUGGCGGCGGUUGCGCUUGUCUAUGUGCUGCUGCGACGCAGGAAGGGCAACAUGCACAUCUGGGGCACACAGCCCUGAUGGAAGCAGCUCGGCUGUGAGCACCAGGCCAAGACUCCUGAGAACAGACACCCAAGUCCUGCGACUCCCGCAUCCCCAGGACCAGACACCUGGGACCCAGACACUUGAUACCUGGGCCUUUAACCCCCUAUUCUGUCAUCUCAGACCCCAGGCAGGAGGCCCAGAUUUCCAACACCCAAGCCCCCUGCUAGCAGCGCUCCGUGCUGUUCCCCAAAUACUCACGGCUCUAAUCCCCAGACCUGAAACUUCAUACCCUGGGAUUCUCAUACCUGUGUCCUGAGCCCUUUCACGCCCACACCUGAGCCUCAGAUUCCAAUACCUCACUCCCCAGAGCCUGAUGCCAGGGCCCCUGACCGCUGAUCUGUGGAGGCCUGCUCCCUGACCGUGCGGGCACCAGUGCAGUGCUGCCUUGAUUCCUGGACCCCUGGGCCCAGCCUGGGACUCCGGAUGGGGUGAGGACAGGCCCCAGAACCCCAGGGCAGACAGCAAGACCCCCAGCGGCAGAGACCUCCCUCGGGACUCCAGGCUUGUAAUUUCGAACUCUCUGGAAGGUCACUCAGGAACACCCUCCCUGCCUGUGCAAGGAGAAAACAAGCGCCUUGUUUCCUUCC